AUGCCCACCUUCUCCGGACAACUCCGAAGCCACCUCCACCCCUCCUCCCGCCGCGGCGGCGGCGGCCGCUGCAAAACCCUCCCGGUCGCUCUGCACGAAGGCGGCGCCGAGCGAGUGUCGCCUUCCCCUCGCCACCCCCAGCCCCGCCGCCGCCGGCGAACCCUGAGCUCAGUGUGGCUCAAACCUCCCUUCCCGGCCCCACCGGCCCCACCGGCCCCGCCGGCCCCGCUCGGCCCUCCCCCCACGCCCCGCGGACCCUUUCAAACCCCCUGGGCUCGCGGCGGCUGCUCCGUGAGGAAACGCUGGCCGCGGCUGGGGCCGGCGCGGCGAGGCUCGGAGCGGGGCGGCGGCGGGGCGCCGGGUACGGUGAGCCCAGCAACGGGGCGCGGGCGGGCGCGCAGAGACGCCGGGUCCUCGCGGAUCACGGCCGGGGCGCGGCGGCGGCGGUGGCAGCGGGAGCCCAGGGACCUCUCCAUCACUGGCAGCCAUGGAGCCCGAGCAUUUUCCUCCCUCCGGGCAGGCGCCUCAGCUCGGCACACGUCCUCGGGGAGGAAGGGGCCGGCGCCCGAGCCUCCCCGGAGGGCGGCGGGACGUGCGCUAACGCCGACGAUGCGAGCCGCUCUCGUCCUCUUCCUCCGCAGCCGGCUCGUCCGCACCCCGCUGCUCCCGCGGCCCGGGCGGGAGGGGGCCGCAGGCGGCGGCGACGACUCCUUUCUCGGCGGCGUUGGUGGCCAGAGGGGCUGCUGCAGCGACUGCAGCCGACGCCGUUCAAAGGAACGAGAGCAUCACGAGUUUCAGUUCCCAGGAGUCCGCCGCCGCCACGACAUGAGUCAGGCUUUCUUCCUCGGCGCGUGGAGGCGCCCUCCUCCUCCUCGCCGCACCUGGGCUCGACCCCGGCCCGCGCGGCCCUCGCCCCCUCGGAGGAUGCCCCAGCGUUCGGAGCCGCGGCGUCCGCGGAAGGCCGGUAGCUCCUCGGGAUAGACGCUCCCUUUUGUGCAGCGCAGUUGCAGCUGCCAUGCGGUCCCCUCGCUUUUCGACGGGCACGGACUAGCCAGCCCGGCAGAUAUUGCAGCUGUUUGCAGUUAACUGCCUGAGCUCUUGUCUGGAGAGGGAGCGCUUGCAAUUCGUCGUUACCUGGAGGGAAGCAGUAGCCCGGCCAAGUAAAUAACUGACCUCAACAGGUGGAGCUUAUCUCCAGCAGGGGUAGCUUUUCGUUUAAUUGUCCAGGCUGUAGCCUGCAUAGGUUUGACUUAAAAGACAAACUGGCCUAGUCAUGGUGGCAACACGAUCAUCAAUGAAGACUACCCUUUAAGGUUAGAAAAGAGAAAGAACCAUCUGCAAUUCCAGUUUAAAAAAUAAUAAUAAAACCUGCAUGGAUCUGAGCAUGGUGCUACAGAAGCAAUGUUAGGUUGAUGGGAGGCAGUUUACUGGAAGUUGCUUCCCUGGCAUUACACAUCAAAACAUUCUAGCUCUAAGCAUUGUUUACUACUAGGCGAGAGUGUACUUCUCGCCCAGGAAUUAAAAAACAACAAAGUAUUAUAAUAUAGAAAACCCUAGGGAGAAAUGUGUUUUUUUUUUUCAACUUAGGUUGUUGAGGAACUGAACGUUUAUGGUUAGACCUAUGCUUCAGUAAGUCUCACAGACUUCCAGAUCUACAAUCGUAUUUCAGGAGCUUGUUAAAACAUAAAUGGCAUAAUUGUCGAUUCAACACGUUACUUUAGGUUUCUCUAAACUUUUCCCCUCAUUCUGUGCCCCAAGAGGUUAGGAAUAUCACCAUUCUAUUACUGAAUAGAAACGCACCCUCAACAUCUCCGUAUAGCCUGUAUCAAAGUUUUGAUAUGUUGCUUUUUCUGUGGUGUCCCCCACUAAACCCAAAAGGUAGGACUACGUGUUUUUAAUGUGGAGUUCCGGAGUAGGUGCUCACAAAUAUUGAAAAUGACAUGGUAGUAAAACUCAAAUUCACUUGAAAAGAUCGGACUUGUUUUAUGUUACUCAUGAAUUAAUACGUGAAUGAUUGGGGUUUUUUUUAACAUAACUAUGGCCAUUUGUGUAUUUUACAAAAAUAAUUUCUUUUUUAAUGUUACAACAGCUUUUGUUGCAAGAAAUACACCUGAUUAAUGGCCGCCAUUCAUUGUUGAAAUGCAACUCUGACAUGCUUUUUUCAACAGUUUUUGAACGGAAAAUAGGAAGUAUCCUAAUGAACUGAAACUGCAAUAGAAUUUAGUAGGGCAAAAUGUGUUUGUGAGCUACAGUGUGAAAGAAAAUGCUCUAGAUCUCUCAAAAUCUUGCCUUAGGUCAAAAUUUUAAACUACCCCAGACAACAGCUCAACACCCCCUGGUGUGUUGAGCUAAAUACCUGCCGCCUAAACACCAACUAUGAUAGGGUUUGAAGCAGAAGAAACCCAUGUAAUAAAGUCUUCCGGACUUCCCUGGUGGUGCAGUGGUUAAGAAUCCGCCUGCCAAUGCAGGGGACACGGGUUCGAGCCCUGGUCCACGAAGAUCCCACACGCUGCGGAA